CUGGCGGAAGGGGCCGCGCAGGAAGCGGGGCCGGGGCUGCCCCGCGGCCACAACCGGGGCGAGGGCGGCGAGCGGAGCCAGGGCAGGUGCCUGAAUUUCAUGACUCUGUGCCCGUUUCCUCCCAGCAGAGAUGGGGCCCCGGCGGAAAACCGUGAAAGCAGUGAGCAGGGAAGGGGCAGAGUCUACCAAAGCUGAGGAGCCAAAAGAUUACAUGAACCAACUCUCCCAUGAAGUGCUUUGCCACAUCUUUAGGUACCUGCCCUUGCAGGACAUCAUGUGCAUGGAGUGCCUGUCGCGGAAGCUGAAGGAGGCGGUGACGCUGUACCUGCGCGUGGUCAAGGUGGUGGAUCUGUGUGCGGGGCACUGGUGGGAGUACAUGCCCACAGGUUUCACUGAUUCCAGCUUCCUAACCCUGCUGAGGAAGAUGCCAGACAUUGAACAACUUUAUGGUCUUCAUCCCAGGUAUCUGGAAAGGCGCCGAGUCCGUGGCCACGAAGCUUUCAGCAUUCCUGGAGUUUUAGAGGCUUUGCAGGCCUGUCCAAAUUUGCUGGGUGUUGAGACCUCUCAUUUAGAGCUGGUGGAAGCUAUUUGGACAUACAUGCCCCAAGUCCACAUUUUAGGGAAGUUUCGUAAUCGUAAUGGUGCUUUUCCAAUUCCUCCUGAGAACAAGCUGAAAAUUCCUAUAGGAGCUAAAAUUCAGACUUUGCACUUAGUAGGGGUGAAUGUCCCUGAGAUUCCUUGUAUCCCAAUGCUGAGGCACCUUUAUUUGAAGUGGGUGAGACUCACCAAACCACAGCCUUUUAAAGAUUUCCUUUGUAUCAGCUUACGUGCUUUUGUCAUGAGGAACUGUGCUGGACCCACAAACUCUCUGAAGUAUGUUCCCCUGGUGACAGGCCUGGCUUCUGCCAGGAAUCUGGAGCACUUGGAGCUGGUCCGUGUUCCAUUUCUUGGAGGACUUAUCCAGCACGUGGUAGAAGACAGCUGGAGAUCUGGUGGUUUUAGGAAUUUGCACACUAUAGUUCUGGGAGCUUGCAAGAAUGCACUUGAAGUGGAUCUUGGCUACCUCAUCAUAACUGCUGCACGAAGGUUGCACGAAGUGCGGAUCCAGCCUUCCUUGACCAAAGAUGGUGUUUUUUCUGCUUUGAAGAUGGCUGAACUGGAAUUCCCACAGUUUGAAACUCUUCACCUAGGCUACGUUGAUGAGUUUUUACUACAGUGUAAAAUGACGAGUACGGACUUGGUGAGGUACGGCUUGGCUGAUGUGGUUGAAAACCCAGGAAUUAUUACAGAUAUUGGUAUGAAAGCUGUAAAUGAAGUUUUUUCUUUCAUCAAGUAUCUGGUCAUUUACAACUGCCCACAUCUACAUAACCCAAAUAAUUGGAUCACAGACCACUCGAGGUGGACCCGCCUGGUGGACCUGACCCUGGUGAGGUGCCAUGCCAUCAAGCUGGACUCUUUCAGUCAGUUCAUUGAGUUACUGCCAAGCUUGGAGUUCAUUUCUCUGGACCAGAUGUUUAGAGAGCCUCCAAAGGGCUGUGCUCGUGUGGGCCUGAGUGCAGGCACAGGAAUUGGGGUCUCCUCUGCCCUGGUGAGCAAUCAGAACUCCAACAAUGACAAUGACAACAACAACAACCACCAGAACAACAACAACAACAACCCCAACAUGCACCACAACAACCACCAGCACCCCAACGAGCAGAACGAGGAGAACGAGCUGCGCCAGGAGGGCCCCGCUGAGGAGCAGCAGAUUGGGGCUGAGGCCCUGAAUGAGAUGGAGGAGGUGGCACAGGAGGAAGGGGAGGCUGCUGGGCAGGGCCAGGACGAGCUGCCAGCUCCCAGCCAGGCUGUUGUUCCCAUGGAGGUGGAUGAGGAGCAAGCAGGACCAAGUGGAAUUCAACCUGCUGUAAAAGCAGCUCCUAUUACCAUCCAUGAUUCAGACAGUGAGGAUGAGGAGGAAAACAUGGGCACUUCCAGAGCCUGCAUCUCCAGCAGCAUUGCACAGAAUUACUCAGAUGGGGAAGAGAAGAGCAGGGAUCCAGUGGAAACCAGGGAACCUUCAGUGAGCGGCAAAGGCAAGACCCCCCUGCGGAAGAGAUGCGGCACCAGCCACGGGGGCCAGGCCAAGCAGUUCCCUGUGGAGGAGAGCAGCUGUGAGAAGGGCUGCCAGGUGACCAGCGAGCAGAUCAAAGCUGACAUGAAAGCAGCCAGUGACAUGCCCGAGAGGAGCAAGAGCAAGGAUUCCUACGGCAGCUGCAGCAACGCCCCGGCGUCCACGGCUACACCCAGCUCCUGCAGUGCUGCUUCCCCCAGCCCUGACUGUGCCCAGGCCACCCAGAGGCACUGUGCUGGCAGCAGCCCAGCAGCUGGAGAGGAGUGCAGGCAGUGUGGCUGCUCUCCCUGCAGGAGGGAAGGGUGCAGUGAGAGGGAGCCCGAGGAGAGCUCCGUGUGCUCCCGCUGCUGCUCCCGGGCGCGGCAGCGCAGGACGAGCGGGGGGUGCGAUGGGGAGAGCCCCUCCACCAGUGGGGCCUGCAGGGACGGGCCAGACUUUGCACUUAGGACACUGCCAGACUGUGGGGCCGCAGGAGAGCCUGGGCAUGACAGGACUAGUGGGAGUGCCUGUGGGGCUGGCAGCCGGGAGCAGAGCGCGCGGCCCCCGGGCUGGCAGCUGGACUGCAAGGAGGAGUACCCACGGAGACCCCUGACCAGGGCCAGGAGCAGGCUGUCCCACGUGCCUCUGGUGUCAGAGCCAGAAGUAGCAAAGCCAAAGCCAAGGCAAACCACCAAGAGGAAAAGGACAGCUGACAAAUCCACCAGCACCAGUGACCCUGUGAUUGAGGAUGAUCAUAUUCAGGUACUGACUUUGAAAUCCAAAAACCUUGUAGGAAUCACAUUGACCAACUGUGGAAUAACAGAUUUGGUGCUGAAAGACUGCCCCAAAAUGAUGUUCAUCCAUGCCACCAGGUGCCGUGUGCUGAAGCACCUGAAGGUGGAGAAUGCCCCCGUGGUGAAUCGCUUUGACUACGCCCAGUGCAAGAAGCUGAACAUGGAUCAGGUGCUGGAUCAGAUCCUCAGGAUGCCCCCAGAGAGGAACAGGAUCAUCUACCUUCGUCCCAUGCAGCAGGUGGACACACUGACUCUGGAGCAGAAAAUCUUCAGUGGCCCCUACCCCUACCACAUCUGCAUCAUCCACGAGUUCAGCAACCCCCCCAACGUGCGCAACAAGGUGCGGGUGAGGAGCUGGAUGGACACCAUAGCCAACAUCAACCAAGAGCUGAUUAAAUACGAGUUCUUCCCUGAGGCUACCAGGACUGAGGAGGACCUGAAGAAAUACCCCAAGUACCCCUGGGGCAGGGACAUCUACACCCUGGAAGGCAUUGUGGAUGGUGCUCCUUACUCCAUGAUCACUGACUUCCCCUGGCUGAGGUCCCUGAGGACAGCAGAGCCCAACAGCUACGCCAGAUACGACUUUGAGGAUGAUGAGAGGACCACCAUCUACGCCCCGAGGAGGAAGGGGCAGCUCUCAGCUGACAUCUGCAUGGAGACCAUCGGCGAGGAGAUCUCGGAGCUGCGCCAGGUCAGGCGGGGCGUCUUCCAGAGGGUCGUGGCCAUCUUCAUCCACUACUGCGACGUCAACGGGGAGCCCGUGGAGGAUGACUACAUCUGAGGGGUGUCCCCAGCCUGCCCUCCCUCCCCCUGGCACUGCUGGCCAAGAACAAGCAGGAUUUCUUUUUUCCAAAUGCAAAGCAUUUCCCACCGAGGCGCCCUCGGCUCUCCCUGUGGCCAGGAGGAUGUAGUUAAAUGUAAAAUGGAAAGUACAAAUUGUAUACUAAGAGUUGUACAUAGAGGAAACAAAAAAGCAAAAACAAAACUUCCUAAUACUGAGACUUUAUUUCAUAUGUUUAUACAAUUUAAUUUAAGUUCCAUUUUAAUGAAGGCCAAUAAUCAGGAAAGGGGAAGAAGAUUUGAACUUUUCAACCCAUACAAUUCAUAGCAGUAUUUUUUUUCCUUAUAAACAACAAUUCCAUUUGCUGUGUUCAAAAGAGUCAUCAGAGUCUCUUUUAAUCUGUGCCUUUUUCUUGAGCAUUUAAGAGUCCAGUCUGAGUAAACCUGGUGAGCACAA